AUGAACUUCGGGAGGAAAUGGAUCUUUGGGACCAGCCAGCCCCCAGCAACCCCCCUCCCCGUCGUCGUCCCCCAGGAGCCGAUCAUUUCAGCCGCAGACGCUAAGCUGUUCGGCCUUGAGAACUUUGGCAGCACCUGCUACGCCAACUCGGUCCUCCAAGCCCUCUACUUCUGCGGCCCCUUCCGCGACCUCCUCCUUCAGUUCCCGGACCCAUCUGUACCGGACGUACCACAUCUUCCCGUUCUUUCUCCACCACCUGUCCAGCCCCCACCACCACCACCUACCAUCUCCGGCCGUAAGAGGCCGACACGCACCGCCUCGGUAUCCGACGCUCCUUCAUUACACCCAAAUGCCCCACCGCCCAUCCCAAUACCGCAACAUCCCCCAUCACUCCUUUCCGCCCUUCGCUCCAUCUUCCUGCACAUCAGCCGAAAUCCGACCGACAAGGGCACGGUUGCGCCACGCGCGUUCAUCGACAAGGUCCAGGAGCUUAACGAGACCUUCCGUCCCGGGCAGCAUCAAGACGCCCAUGAGUUCCUCAACUUCCUGCUCAACCAGAUCGUGGAGGAGAUGGAGGCGGCGGUGAAGAAGGCCGGGCUGGGCGAGAAGUCUAAGGAAGACUUGUCCACCUCUAUCGCGACCCUGUCCACGCAGCCGCCGUCCUCCACCACGACCGCGCAGAUGCAUGACGCGACGCUCGUACAUCGCCUGUUCGAGGGCGUGUUGACAAGCGAAACGCGGUGUCUGACGUGCGAGACCGUGUCGGCGCGGGACGAGUCAUUCCUGGACCUCUCCAUCGACAUCGAGCAGAACUCGUCCGUGACGGCGUGUCUGCGACAGUUCAGCGCCAGCGAAAUGCUCUGUCAGAAGAACAAGUUCUUCUGCGACUCGUGCUGUGACCUGCAGGAAGCGGAAAAGAGGAUGAAGAUCAAGAAGCUGCCAAAUAUCCUCGCACUCCAUCUAAAACGGUUCAAAUACCAAGAAGACGCGGGCAGAUACGUCAAGCUCGCGUAUCGUGUCGCGUUCCCUCUAGAACUCCGGCUAUUCAACACCGUAGACGACGCAGAAGACCCAGAUAGACUGUACGAGCUGUUUGCGAUCGUAAUCCACAUCGGAACUGGGCCGCACCACGGCCACUACGUUGCGAUAAUCAAAUCUAGAGGCACAUGGAUGCUCUUCGACGAUGACACCGUGUCAACGAUUAAAGAGUCCGAGAUCUCGAAGUACUUCGGCGAUUCUAAUAGCGGUUCCGCGUACGUACUUUACUACCAGGCCGCCGACCUCAACCUCUCUGCGCUCGGAUUGAAGGUCCCCACUCCCGCCCCCGCCUCCGCCACGAUCACGGAACCCGGUUCCACCCCUGGUCGGCCACUGGCCACGGGUGAGCCGAGUGACCAAGGUCAUGUUCCCAACUCGCCCUCUCCCGCAGCUCCUCCAGGGCUCGUUGAGGAGACCGCGCAAUCUGAUACGAGCGACUCGCCUCGCCUGCGAUCUCCUACCCUCAAAGCACAGGUUCCACUGUCCGUGGACAUUCCUCCACCAUCUACAAACGGACCAUCAUCACCGUCGCAGUCGCAGCCGCAGCCGCAGUCGAAAGGGCUAAUGAAAACUCUUCGCAGCAAAGGAUCCUUGCGGGCAAGCAACUGGACUUCCGACAGCAGACGCAGCGGUGCAGACCUCGUUCCACCGCUGCCCUCCUCUCCUGUCGCGAAACGCCCGCGUACCGCGCAGUCCGAACUCUCCCAGACAGACGCCACGUCAAGCGCCACGCCCUCCAUCCCUUCUUCCCCCGUCCCGUCGAAAGGGUACGUGUUCCCCCACCACGGUAAUGGGAGUGUCCCAUCAACCCCUCUCAGUGACCGCGCUCCUGAAAAGAAACCGUCGUCCUGGUUCAAGCGCAAGAGCUCAUCGCGACAGGACGCGCUCGCCGCUCUGCCGCAAUCGCCCUCGACACCCAGGCUGGGCAGACGCGGCUCGGAAGCAGCGAUCCAGAUGGCGCCGCCCAUGGCGUCGACCUCAAGUUCCGAGCCGCCCCUCUCACCCAUGGGGUCUGGGUCCCAUACGAAGUCCGCUACGAGCUCGCGCGACAAGGAGAAGCGCAAUUCCCACACGCGACGACCGUCGACAGCCGGUCCAACGAUGUCGUCAUCGCGGCCGUUGUCUGGAAUCUCGUCUCCGCCACCGCUCCCAACGCUCCCAGGCUCCCCUGCGUCGCCGAUGCCGAAUGGGACAGCAGCGGAACACGCACGCUUCGUAAAGGGCACCUCGCGCGACGCAUCGCCCUUCCCUGCUUCGAACCCCCUGCCUGAGCACGACUCCACCGCGUCCUUGCAUGCGUCGCGGGGGCUGUCGUCACAGCCACCUUCCCAGGCCCCGUCCGAAUCACACUACUCUACCUCAUCGACACCAUCGCGCAGCCCCCAGCCGCAGACGCGCCAACUACCGCCACUACCCCCUCACGCGCACCAUACACUCUCGUACGGCGGCGGGAGCGGAGGCGGGAUCGGAGACACGCCCGUCGUCCCACACAACCACUCCGGUGGUAACGGGCUCGCGCACGGGAGCGGGAGCUCAACAUCGAACCAGUGGAAACGCGCGACGCGCAAGCUCAGCUUCACGGCACCGAUGCUCGUGUUUGGACGCAAGGACCGGGAGAAGGACCGGGAGAGGCGCGAGAUACCGUCGUCGUUCACGCGCUAA